ACCCGCCUUCAGCUCCUCGCUGGUUGGACGUGGUUAGCAUCAGCAGAAACAGCGCUGAGUUGAAGUGGACGGCCCCCGAGCGUGACGGAGGCUCAGCCAUCACCAACUACGUGGUGGAGAAGCGUGACGUCCGGCGUAAAGGCUGGCAGACCGUGGACACCACCGUCAAAGAGCUGAAGUACAGCGUGACUCCGCUGAACGAGGGAUCGCUCUACGUGUUCCGCGUCGCAGCUGAGAACGCCGUGGGAGUCGGACCGUUCUGCGAGCUGGGCGACUCUGUUCUGGCCAAAGACACUUUCACUACUCCUGGGCCACCAUACGCCCUUACUGUCAAUGCUGUGACCAAAAGAUAUGUGGACCUGCAGUGGGAGGAGCCCAAGAACGAUGGUGGUCGACCCAUCCUCAGGUAUUCCAUCGAGAAGAAGGAGAAACUUGGAACUCGUUGGGUGAAGUGUGGAAAGACUUCAGGUCCCGACUGUAAAUACAGAGUGACGGACGUUAUUGAAGGAACAGAGGUUCAGUUCCAGGUCCGUGCUGAGAAUGAGGCUGGUGUCGGACAUCCCAGCGAACCCACUGAGAUCCUCACUAUUGAAGAUCCAACAGGCGUGCCUUCUCCUCCCACUGAGCUGCAUGUAACCGGAGCCAGCAGGGACUUCCUGUCCAUCGCCUGGAAGCCUCCGCAGAGAGAUGGCGGCUGCCCAAUCAGCGGCUACCACAUUGAGAUGUGCGCUGCCGGGACAGAGAAAUGGAUGAGGGUCAACUCCCGUCCAGUGAAGGAGCUGAAGUACCGCAUCGAGGAGGGCAUCGUCCCUGAGAAAGAAUACAUCCUGAGAGUGAGAGCCAUCAAUGCCGUUGGCGUCAGCGAGCCUUCCGACAUCUCUGAAAACGUCUUUGCCAAAGAGUCCGACUGCAACCCGACACUCGAGUUCCAGACUCUGGACCUGGUUGUCGUGGAAACAGAAAAGCUGCACAUCCCAAUUCCCUUCAAAGCCGUCCCGUCACCCAGGAUCACCUGGCACAAAGACGGCAAGGAGCUGAAGGCUGAUGAGCGCCUCGGCUUCAGGAAGGAGUAUCUUUCCUGUCACCUGGAGGUUGAGAGCAGUCUUCAUUCUGAUGCAGGACAGUACAAAGUCACUCUGGAGAACAAACUCGGAGCCGCCAGCGCCGCCAUCAACGUCAAAGUCAUCGGUCUUCCUGGUCAAUGCAAGGAAAUUGUGGCCUCAGAGAUCACAAAGAGCUCCUGCAAAGUGUCCUGGGAUCCUCCUGACUACGAUGGCGGCAGCCCCAUUCUUCAUUAUGUCUUACAGCGGCGUGAGGCCGGCAGGAGGACUUAUGUCAACAUGAUGUCCGGGGAGAACAAGGUGUGCUGGAACGUCAAAGACCUGAUCCCUAACGGAGAGUACUACUUCAGAGUCCAAGCAGUCAACAAGAUUGGAGGAGGAGAGUUCAUCGAGCUCCGUAACCCGGUCAUCGCUGAGGACCAGAAACAUGCUCCCGACCCGCCUGUUGAUGUGGAGACACACAACCCUACAUGCAGCACCAUCACACUCACCUGGAAGCCUCCGAUGUACGAUGGUGGCGCCAAGAUCAUGGGCUACAUCCUGGAGAGGCAGCAGAAGGGUGAGGACAAGUGGGAGAGGUGCAACGACUUCCUGGUGCCUGUCCUGUCCUACACUGUGAGGAGGCUGACGGAGGGGAAGAGCUACGCCUUCAGAGUCAGAGCUGAGAACGCAGCAGGAGUCAGUGAGCCGUCUCGCGGCACGCUGUAUGUCAAGGCAUCAGAUGCUGUUGAUCCUCCGAAAGUGUUCCUGAGUGGCAGCCUGCAGUCCGGCCUCAAUGUGAAGCGAGGCUACGAGAUCUGCCUGGACGCCAACAUAUCCGGCUCUCCAUACCCUCAGAUCACCUGGUACCGGAACAACCAGGUGAUCCGGCCGGAGCCGCUCCGCAAGAGGCCCGAAAAACCCCUGAAGAAGAAGGAGAAGAAGGAAGAGGAGAAGAAAGAAGGAGAGGAGAAGAAGGAGGAGGAGAAGAAAGAAGGAGAGGAGAAGAAGGAGGAGGAGAAGAAAGAAGGAGAGGAGAAGAAGGAGGAGGUGGUGGAAGCGGAGGUGGAAGAGACAGACUACCCGACACUGAAUGAGCGACUGACCAUUGACAACAGCCGGAGGGGAACGUCCACUGUUGUCAUCAAGGACUCGAUGCGUCUGGACCACGGCGUCUACAUGGUGAAAGUGGAGAAUGACCACGGCAUCGCCUCUGCUACCUGCGAGGUCAACGUGCUCGACACUCCUGGGCCUCCGGUCAACUUCCGAUUUGAGGAGGUGCGGAAGAACUCAGUGAUAUGCAAGUGGGAUCCUCCUCUGGAUGACGGCGGCAGUGAGAUCAUCAACUAUACAUUGGAGAAGAAGGACAACUCGAAGCUGGAGAUUGGCUGGAGCACCGUCACCUCCACGCUGAUAGGAUGCCGCUACCUGGUGCCCAAACUCAUCGAGAAGAAGGAGUACAUCUUCAGGGUUGUGGCUGAGAACAAAUUUGGUGCCGGUCCACACUGCGUCUCCAAACCGCUCAUUGCCAAGAAUCCAUUCGAACCUCCCGAUGCUCCUGAAAAGCCAGAGAUCGAUGACAUCACAGCCGACAGUAUGCUGGUCAUCUGGGACGAGCCAAAUGACAAUGGCAGCCCCAUCCUGGGAUACUGGGUGGAGCGCCGUGAGAUCAACAGCUCUCACUGGACUCGUGUCAACAGAAACAUCAUCGCUGACACUGAACUCAACGUUGAAGGUCUUCUGGAUGGAUAUACUUACAUCUUUAGGGUGGCUGCUGAAAACCAGGCCGGCCCCGGGAAGUUCAGUGUCCCCUCUGACCCUAAAACGGCUCAAGCCCCAAUUCUUCCUCCUGGGCCUCCAGUUCCCCGAGUGGUGGGAACCACUGACUACUCCAUCGACGUGGAGUGGGACCCACCUGCUGACAAUGGAGGAGGAGAGAUUCUGGGAUACCAAGUGGAUAAGGCCAUGACCGGUACUAAAGACUGGUCCAGGUCUACUGAGCGUCCCUGGAAGACCAAGGCUUUUACUGUCUAUGGAGUCCGUGAAGGAGCCAAAUAUCUGGUCAGAGUCAUUGCAUGCAAUGCUGCAGGAGAGGGAACACCAGGAUUCACAGAGUCUGUGAUCGUCAAGAAUCCUGCAGAGAUGCCUGUGGUUGAUAUGGACAUGUCUAUCAAGCAAGGAGUGGUCAUCAGAGCAGGAGAGACGCUGCUUUUGCCUGCCACUGUCACUGGUAAACCCUACCCAUCCAUCAGUUGGACAAAGGAUGAUGCCAAACCUGAUAAAGACCAUGUGGCGAUCCUCACAGAGGGCGACAAUAGCAUUGUUUCAAUCAAGAGCGCCCAGAGGAAGGACAGUGGCAAAUACCAGAUCUCUGCCUGCAACCCCAGUGGCACCAGAUCUGCCUCAGCCAGAGUGGAAGUCAUGGACGUCCCCGGACCCGUCACAGACCUGAAACCAGUGGUCGUCACUCGCAAGAUGAUCUUCUUGAACUGGGACGACCCUGACGACGACGGAGGCAGCGACCUGACCGGCUUCAUUGUGGAGCGCAGAGAUGUCAAGAUGCACACAUGGAGGCAGGCCUAUUGA